UACAAUAGCAGAGGUAGAAAAAAGUUUGCGGGCCGCACGAACGGAGAAGAAAAAAUAUAUAGAAAAAUUAUUUUCGCACAAAAUAACUUAAAUUAAAGAAAUAAAUUAACAGAAAAUUAACGAAAAAACCCCCCAUAGUGCAAUAUUUAUAAAAGUGGUAAAUAAUAGUGAUAAACUACAUUAAAAUAAUUAAUCAUUUUGCAAAAGAAAAAAUCCUCUACUAUACAGUGGUGUGUUAGCAUACUGCAAAAAAGCAAAAAAAAAAAAACGAAAAGAAAAAGGAGCAAAGUGCUCCCCCUAAAUGUAUACAUAGAGAAAAAAAUAAUAUUUAUUAUAAUAAAAACGAAACCCUUAAAAAACAAAUUCAUAAAAUUAAAUGAAUAAUAAGUGUCGAUAACCCUCCUUUUAAUAUAGAACUAAAAAUAAAUAAAAAUAAAUAAAAUAAACUAAAAAAAUUAGUCUUCAUUUAUAAAAUAAAUAUAAACCAACAAAUAAAUACAUAUAUCAAAAGGAAACUCCUUAAAAGAAUUCAAACCAAAAUACCCCUCCCACUUUUAAGUUUAAGACUAAUAAAAAAAAGUGUUUUGAAUUAAAAAUAAAACAACAACAAAAAAACUUUUUUUAUACAACUAAUAACUCAAAGGUGAAAUAUUUAAAAACAACUUCAACAAACUAACUAACAACAACUAACAACAACAACAAGAAAAACAUAAAAAAUGGGUUGCACUACAUCAGCUGAAGAACGCGCUGCCAUACAACGUUCCAAGCAGAUUGAGAAAAAUCUCAAGGAGGAUGGCAUACAAGCGGCAAAGGAUAUUAAAUUAUUGCUAUUGGGUGCUGGUGAAUCGGGCAACAGUACAAUUGUUAAACAAAUGAAAAUUAUACACGAAAGUGGGUUCACUCCUGAAGAUUUCAACCAAUAUAGACCGGUUGUUUAUAGCAACACAAUACAAUCAUUAGUUGCAAUACUUAGAGCAAUGCCAAAUCUUAGUAUUCAGUUUAGUAAUAACGAAAGAGAUGUAAGUAAAUAUUUACAAACUGAUUAUUAUAACCACAUACCAAAAAUAACCCAUCCAAAAAAUAGACUACACAUUUUUAUGAUUAAAUAA